AUGGAUCCCACUAAGAUUCUUUCUUUGCUCGAGCAGCUCGAUGACGAUAUCGAUGAUAUUGAAGAUGCGGUUGCACCUUUCAUUCAAAAGACUAUCCCAGAGUUCGCAAGCAAGUUACCUUUAUUGGACAAGGCGAAGCUUUACACUCUUGUCACAUAUGCCAUUGAGUCCAUAUUAUUCUCAUACCUUCGACUUAAUGGUGUCAAUGCCCGUGAACAUCCUGUUUUCACCGAGCUUACUCGGAUGAAGCAGUAUUUUGAGAAGAUCAAGGUUACAGAGAAUCCACCGGCAACUGCAGCAGAAAGAAAUCUCAAAUUGGAUAAAGGAGCUGCUGGAAGAUUCAUCAAAGCAGGAUUGAGCGGAAAUGAUAAAUAUGAUCUUCAAAGAGCAGAGCAGUUGGCGAAGGAGAGAGCGAAGUCUCACAUCAGAUUUGAGGAGCUAUCAAAGAAGAGAAAGGUGGGCGAAGAAACAGCAGAAUCCAAUAAAGCAGAAUCCAAAACCUCGAAUGAAUCUGAUGGUUCCGGUUCACCUUCCGAUUCCUCAGAUGAACCUGCAGCUGCAGCACACAAAAGCAAAAAGUCUAAGACUGCGAAGGCAGCAGCCACCCCUAUCGAGUCUAAAGAGGAUAGCUCUUCCACCUCCAAUUCUAAAUCCCAAAAAUCCAAGCAGGAAACUCAGGAGAAGAAAACAAGGAGUAAAUCCAAGAAGGCCAAGAGCAAGAGCAAGAACUAG